CUAUAUUAAAGAGAAUAUACCAACUACCGCGCGCCGUCGCAUCACUCGGCACCAUCUUUAAUAUUCAAAGACGUCUAGUUUCGCACUUGGACGUAGCGUUUUAAGCUUGUUAUUAAACAUCUGUCACAGCGCACCUUGCGCACCUUACCAGCCUGCCUAAGUGCCUAGUGCCUAGGUACUGGGUGGGAUCGCUACGUAACCAUCGCCCGGGCCAACAGGCUAACGGCGUAGUUUGCUUUCAAGUUCCAGGUUGUUGUCGGUUGGUGUGCCCAUUGAUGUACUUUAAACGGUUUGGUUCCACAGACCCCCCCUGCCACGAUGUUAACAAGGUCCGAGACUCUCACCGUCCCGCUCGCCCCCGUGCCGUCCAGCUUCUUCUCUCGCCUGAACUUCUCUUUAAUAAAGGGUACAGACAACCGCCGAACUAAAAGUUUGAGGGAGGCAAACUCUUCAAUGAUCCCGAAUACUGUAAAUAAAAUGGCGACUCGAUCUGAACGUGGUCGGCGAGAUAGUAGUGGCCAUGACCGUGACCAACGGAGCCAGCAGCAGCAGGAGGCCACAUCGGGAAGCGCUAUCGCUAGAUCCAUGUCUCGCUACCGCAGGCCCGCACGUAGCGUUACUGUCAACGUCGAUGCAACCCAAAAGAUUAAUUCCGAUCCACCACCCCCAUGGGAUCCCCCGACUAAAACCCCUGUAUCAACUAUACUACGUCCGUCCAGGACCGCCAGCAUGACACAAAAGGGGAGUGGUACCCCGAUCACCUCACUCGAUUCUCCUUCGCGACACCUGUUACGCCAUAACGACAGUACGCGAAGGCAUACGCCACGCCAAAACAUGGCGGAUCAUCACCACCAGAGCCGGCCGAGUACGGCGAAAAGCGUCAAGAGCACCAAGAGUGAGGAAAGUGCCUGGCGGAGGCUUGCCAGCCGAGAUGGGAGGCGACACAGGUUGAACAGUGUAGAAGAUGACGAGGCAGCUCAGCGAGAGAUGGCGCGCUUGGAAGCCGAGAACCGGCGGUUGUUGAUUGAGCAAAAGAAGAAAGACCUCGCAAGGCUCGAGAUGCACUUGGCGAACAGUCAACCGACCGUUCGGGCGCAGCCACAUAAGCCAAAGAGUCCCGUUAUCGAAAAGUUUGUUUCCUUGACCAGAGGGCGAAAAAAUAGAGACGGGUUAUCUCCCGGGCUCUCUCCCUCAUCGUCAAAUACCAGCAUCGAACCCCAGAGAACCUUCUCAAACAGUAUAGAGCCUGGCGGUAAAGGUGCCGUGCCUCAAACCGAUGCGCCGCAAUCCGCGAUUAACGCUGGAGACCGAGUAAGUAUCAAGUAACCUAGUAACCUCUCGCCAGGACGGUGGCACAUACUAAUACAACACCUUCACAGAGUGUCGCAGUGCGUUACCGACAUCAUACUCUUGGUCUCGAAGUCACGCCCGAGACGACUGCAGAUGACAUGAUAUUCCAAACCUCGGAGAAGAUGGGUUCUAA